CUGCCGCCCCCCACGUCCCCGCCUCCUUCCCUGGGCCCCUCUUUAACUCGCUUCUCCCUCGCCAUCCUCCUACCGACUUCGGUCUUGCAGACCCGGCACGAAGACACCAGUCCUCGCGACCAUCUCGGGAGUGCCCUAGCCGCGUCAGUCAAUCUGCUCCGUAGCCUCCGAGAACAAGAAUAGUACGAGAUGGGUCCCCACUCCGAGGCGUCUUUCGUCGACAAGACUUCUGCGGGUUCGUCGACUUCCUUGAACAAAAAGGAAAUGGCCAACGGAACGGGAACAGGAACACACAAGGAAGACGUCGAAUCCAGCAACUCGGCGUUGGCGUUGGCGUCGGCGUCGGCGUCGGCGCAGGUCGCGGACCAUGGAACCGAGGACAGGCUCUUAUGGACCCGCAUUCGGGGGGACUGCCGUGAUGCCUUCUCCGAAUUCUUGGGCACCAUGAUCCUCGUCUUGUUUGGCGAUGGCGUCGUUGCUCAGGUCGUCCUCAGCAAUGAGACCAAGGGCAAUUAUCAAAGCAUAUCGUGGGGCUGGGGCAUCGGAGUCAUGCUCGGAGUCUACGUCGCCGGCAAGUCAGGCGGCCACAUCAACCCCGCCGUGACGCUGACCAACUGCAUCUUCCGCAAGCACCCCUGGCGCAAGUUCCCCAUCUACGCCGUGGCCCAGACCCUGGGCGCCAUGGCCGCCGCUUUCGUCGUCUACGGCAACUACCGGCCCGCCAUCGACCACUUCGAGGGCGGCAGCGGCAUCCGGACCGUGACCGGCCCCACCGCCACCGCCGGCAUCUUCUGCACCUACCCGGCCGAGUUCAUGGACCGGACGUCCAUGUUCUGGUCCGAGUUCAUCUCCAGCACCAUCCUCCAGUUCGUCAUCUUUGCCCUGUUGGACAAGGACAACAUUUGCCCGCCCCAGUUCGUGCCCCUCGGCCUGUUCUUCCUCAUCUUCGGCAUCGGCGCCUGCUGGGGUUGGCAGACUGGCUAUGCCAUCAACCUGGCUCGUGACUUUGGGCCCAGGCUGGUCUCGUACAUUCUCGGAUACCCGGCUGAAGUGUGGACGGCCGGUAACUAUUACUUCUGGAUUCCCAUGGUGGCUCCCUUUUUCGGCUGUGCCUUUGGAGGCUUCCUGUACGAUGUGUUCAUCUACACGGGAGAGAGCCCCAUCAACACACCUUGGAUGGGUUUCCGGCGGCUGUUCCAACCACGUCGCAGUGUAUGGUCCAAUACGUACGAGCAGUCCUUAGACUCCAAGGUGUAGUGUUGAGAAGCCGUCGAGUUGAAAACUUGAACGCCGAUGAGAUUGGGACAGUCCACGGGUGGGGAAAAAAGAAGAAAAAGAUCUGACUAGGGCUCGGCUUGGCGUUGUUCGGGGUUCCGGCGGGUUUCAUGUUUCCUCUAGCAAAAGUAUUCAUUCCCGUAUAGUUAUCCUUCCUCUUGCUUUGGGUCUUUGUUAUGUAGCA